UUUUGAAGCUUCCUUCAACCUUUUCUUUUUUCUUGCUUCCCAAACAGUCACUCACUUUGUUCGUUAAAUUCCGCGAAAUCAUAAGCAAAAUUAAAAAUCCAUGGAAACCAAACCCAAAAACAGAACUCAAAAUCCACUCAACAUGAAACGAUCGUCCUCUUCCAAUUCGGAUCCACGCUCUCACUUUGAAUCGCCACUCUCUCCUCUCCGAAGCAACUCACCCCUCCCCUCCGACCAGGGCGAUCCGCACGAGUCUCCUCCUUUUGUUUCUCCAAUGAACUCGCCGGGUAGGUCUUCCCCGGUCGAUAACUCCAUGGCAAUCGUUGCUGUUGAUAAGUUCACUCAAUGUACUCCCCAGCCGUCACCCCUGCCACCGGAGAAUGUGUAUGCUCAGGCUAAAGCUCAGUCUCAGGCUCCACCUUUGAUGAUGAACAGAGCUGUGAGAGAAGAGGGGCAUCCAGUUAGGGGAAAGAUGAGGCCUGAUGAGAGAUCGGCGGCGGUGGAGACAUGGAGAUCAAGGAGAGAGGAUAUGAUGAAAGUCGCUGAAUUAGGGUUUAGAAUUAGUGAAGUUGUCUUGUGCUUGAUUUCGUUCUCGGUUAUGGCGGCUGAUAAGACUCAGGGGUGGAGUGGCGAUUCCUAUGAUCGAUACAGAGAAUACAGGUAUUGCUUGUCUGUGAAUGUUAUUGCAUUUGUAUAUUCGGGGUUUCAGGCUUAUGAUCUAUCCUACCAUCUGGUCUCGGGGAAACAUGUGAUCCGUCACCACCUCCGCCGUCAUUUCAAUUUCCUCAUGGAUCAGAUAUUAGCAUAUCUUCUGAUAUCAGCAUCAUCAGCAGCAGCUACUCGUGUUGAUGACUGGCAAUCUAAUUGGGGCAAAGAUGAAUUCACAGAGAUGGCUAGUGCUUCUAUCGCAAUGGCUUUCCUGGCAUUUAUUGCCUUUGCUGUUAGCUCCAUUUUUUCUGGUUACAACCUAUACAACAAUGCUGCGACUUGAUCUCAGAAGCACUUUUCAGAUUCUAUCUAAUAACACUGAGAAAAGGAAACAAGAAAAUGCCAAAUGCAAUACAUUUUUUAUGGUGUACAGAGACAGAUAGGAGAAAUUUAUUUUUCAACCUUUUUUUUUUUUUUUUUUUUUU